AUGUCGACUACCACCGCCCACAAUGCUGAAGGACUUGCAUUACCAGAUCUGCAUCGUCCACCGCUUGGAUCUCAUUCUGGGCAAGAACCACAACUUCCUAGUCUCUCGCCGGACAUUCGGGACCAUUCAAAUCAAGCAUCGUUACAUUUGAGCGCUCCGCCCAUUGUGCCAUUUCCGCGCCAACUUCCUUUUUGGUCAAAAAUGAAGCUCGUGAAAAAACGGUUUUAUCUUUUGGGCGCGCUCGGAUGGGACGGUGUUGUCAAUUUCGACCCAAGCGGAGAUAGGGAUUGUGUGAGAUGUCGGGGAGUCUGGAUUGUUACGACGAGAGUAGACACGAUUGAUAUUUUGGCUACGACAUGGAUCAUGACAACUGUAUGUGAUAACUUCUGGCUUCACAUGGAUUUUGAGUUCAUGUGCAAUAUUCUUGCGCCUUUCGUCCCCAACAAAUGCAGGAUGGGACCUGCGCAGGCCAGAGAAGCCGAACAUAAAUAUGUCGUCGUAGGCAUCAUUCAUCGAAACAGAACCACACCACUAGAAACACUGCGCUAUGUAACGAGAGACGCCGGAUUAUUCAAACAAAUAUACAUCGCAACCCUCAUUGUCCGUCCGCCAAAGCGACAGUGGCUUUCUCUCAAGCACAUCACCGGUUUUGGCAUCUACAAGUGCCAUCCCACCGAAGACUACCACACCACUAUAGACUACGACUCCGCGACCAAGCGUGCCCUAGCCGAGCUCUUCAAAGACUACCAAAGCCGAUUCUGGACCUUCGAGGACCACGGCGAUCGCUGGAUGAACUGGAUCCACGCCGAAUUCAACAACAGCGACGCGGAUCCGCGAAACGGGACGUACUCGCUGCAGCUCGUUCUCGGCUGGUCGGUUCCCAAACUGAUCUUCUGGGGCACCGCUCCCGUGGUGCUGAGUUUGGUGGUCGGGUUGUGGUAUAUGCUUACGCCGCAGCCGGGGGCGGAUUAUGUGGCUGUGGUGCAGACGGCGUGGACGAUCGCUUCUUAUAUCGUUACUUCGGCGGCUUUGGCGAUUGGUAUAUUAGCUGCUGUUACGCAGUUGGCUGAUACGUAG